CGCGGAGGUACGGCCGGGCCCUCCUCGGUGGCCCUGCCGAGGAGAGCCCGGGGGCAGCGCCGCGGUGGGAGGCGAGGGCGGCUCGCUGAGCCCAUUACCCUGCUGCGUCGUGUUCCGCGGCCUCGGGGCAGCGGGGGGACGGGGGCCCGGCUCCAGCCCCGUGACGAUGCAUCCAGUUCUAAAGGCCUUUGUGUGUGGCUCCAUCAGUGGCACUUGUUCCACGCUCCUCUUCCAGCCUCUUGACCUGCUGAAAACCCGCCUGCAAACUCUGCAGCCUGCUGUGAAUAGGUCUGGUCGUGCUGGGUUGGUAACGCUGCUCUUUAGGGUUGUUCGUACUGAGAGUAUUCUGGGGCUCUGGAAAGGUGUCUCUGCAUCCUUUGCAAGAUGUAUUCCUGGGGUUGGGAUUUACUUCAGCACUUUGUACAUGAUGAAGCAAAAGUUUCUUGUGGACCGUUCACCCACAGCCCUGGAGUCUGUCUUUCUGGGUGCCACCGCUCGUGCAGCUUCUGGGAUUUGCUUGCUGCCAGUGACUGUAGUGAAGACCCGAUAUGAGAGUGGAAGAUUUGGCUAUGGGAGUGUGUAUGGAGCCCUGAAGAAUAUCUAUCAGACCGAAGGGGCUCGUGGCAUGUUCAGUGGGCUCACGGCAACGCUGCUGCGGGAUGCGCCCUUCUCUGGCAUCUACCUGAUGUUCUACACACAGACCAAGAACCUGACACCUCAGGACCAGCUGGAUCCAGUGCUCGUGCCCUUGCUGAAUUUUGGCUGUGGGAUCUUUGCGGGAAUCUUGGCCUCUCUGGCAACACAGCCUGCUGAUGUCAUCAAAACACACAUGCAGCUGUCACCCCAAAGGUACCACAGGACUAGCCAGGCCAUUGCCUUUAUCUACAAGGACUUUGGGCUGGUUGGCUUUUUCCGAGGUGGUGUGCCCCGAGCCCUCAGGCGCACUCUGAUGGCAGCAAUGGCGUGGACAGUGUAUGAACAGAUGAUGGAAAAAAUGGGCUUGAAGUCCUGACUGAGCUGCACGAGAAAGGACCAGCUUCACUCCUUCUCCUGUUUGCUGUGAUCAACUGGCACUGAGAAGUUCCCAGUUCCACAGAGGAAUAAGCCUUCCUCAGCCAGGAGGAAGAAAGCCCUUCUGACACAGGGGAUUAGGCCUUUUGGCGAGUAGAGGAAAGGAAGGAUUGGAUCUUUGCGUUGUUUGAUCAAUGCAUUCCAGAAGGACUGCCAUGGGAAAUGGUAGUGUUUUCACUGCCUGGUAACUAUGCUGAGAAGCCUCUUUUAAAAAUAACUGCACUCACCACCUUUAUGCAAUGAGACAGUAUCAGAGCAAAAGCGUUUGGAAGAAAAUAGUGGUUUCAGAACCUGCCAGCCUGUUUCUUCCUGGCAUAACCAGAAAGACCACAGUGACCACCAUCUGAUAUAGAUCCUCCUUUCUCAUGUUCUUUAUUCUCACUGGGGAACACUAGGCCCUGAUGGGAAACUGGAUCUGUCUCAUAAUGCUUAUAUUACAGAAGUGGACGAAAGAGAAAUGAAGUGCAGAGGAAAAUCUACAAACAUGGUCUCUGCCAUCACUUUUGUACUGUGGGUGAUCCCAGAGAAAAUAACUGGAACCACCUUGCUGUGUUAUGUGUUAUUAUGUGAUUGAGCAUCUUAACACUCUUGAAAUAUCCUUCUGCCUCUAUAGCAGAGUUUGCACAGGAAUUAAGAAGCAUAAGGCACUUUAGAAUUGAUUGCUACCAAAGUUCUACUUGUUCUCUGAAAAACAACAAAAUGCAGCUGGUCUAACUAUAGCAGGAAUACUCAAGUGGGUUUUGUUGGGGUUUUUUUAUGCAGUUGUCAUAGAGACUUACUUGCUUCCUAUUCCUUAUUUGUUAAUCCCUGAUCAACACCCUUAGUGUGAAGUGGUCAUUAGAUGUAGCUUUCAGGGCCACGGCUCAUAAUGCAUAAAUGUACAAUGGAAACAGGCACUUCAGGUUUCCCUCAAAACAUUGCUGAUUGCAUGUGGAGUAUGUUUUGGUUUGGAAAGAAAAGGUUGAUAUUUCUGUAAGCUUUCUCCAGAGUUUGAGCCCUAUGGGUUCUUGACAGUGACCUGUAAUUCCCUUAAGGCUCCACACAGACCCUACACGUUUUCCUGUCUGAUCCUUUUCUCUUAUCAGGUAGUCCAUGUUUGAGUAUGCCUGAAUUUAAAUACACUUUCCAUCCUCUGUGCCUUCUUACUCUUUCCUGCUGUGUUACUUAGACCUCACAGUGUGCGCCAGGUACAGCCUAUCCCCUCUUCACUUGUGCCUCUGUGAUGGGUUGGGUCCCUUGCAGCUGUUAGCGUAGCCAUGAAGCUGGUUUGGAAGUGUGCAUCCUGUUCUGUAGUGUGUCUUGCAGAAAACUUAGCUUUGGCUUUUAUUUUCCUAAAUAUCUAGGGAUAUUGCAGUUCACUUUAGAACCAGAGCACUUGUCUCUAAAUAUGAAGAUAUGAUGCUGUAGCUGUAUGAACAACCACUGCUACCCACCUGUUGUUCAUAAAUUUUAAAGUAUAUUUUGGACAAUCACUGCCUGCCCAGGCAACUUCCUGAGUGCAGGAGCAGAGGGGACGUGGGUUGUUAAAGGUAUUCUUUACCGGAUUUCAACUCCAAGAAGGCUUGAUGACUAAAGUAAGAGUUAAGUGAAGUGUAAGAGGACAGGCUGGAGGCUUGGAAAAGUGCUGCCUGUUUUCAGAUUCCGCCCAUCUGUGGGGAGAGGCUGGUGCACUGCAGUACAGGAGUCUCCAAGAGUGGUGGUGGAGGGUUUUGUGUGCACAUGUCUACAUGUUAGCAAUAGAGCACCUGUGGCAUAUUGGCAUGUGGCAAUUAUUUGCUAAAUCCUAAAUGUCAGCACCUGUUCCUUUCUUUUGCUCUUCCUACUGCCCUUAGUGACCAGAACUUGUGAGAGUGCAUGAAACCAUGGUAACUGCACAUCCUGCUUGUUUGCUAUCCUGAGCACUACUGACACAGAAAGCUGGAGAACAAAGUCUAGGAUUGCUGACCUGGCAGAACAAGGUGGCAAUUACAUGAGUUAACCUCAUUUGUUCUUUAUUCCCCUAUGUAUGGGAUCAAACCAACAUUGUGCUGCGAGCCUGAAUUUAUUUGGAGCUUUAUAAUCUGGCAUGUGAGUUGGAUCUGUUGAUCAUCCUGGGCUGUGGUAGCCAAGGGCAGUGUGUGGGGUCAUUGCAAGGUGCUUCACACAUAUUUUGUUCCUGAUUUAGCGAUGGCAAAGCAAUGUGCAACCUGUCCAGACAGAAAUUUGGGCUCAUUUUUAAGAGGCAGGCAAGCAAAGAAUGCCAAGGUAGUGUGGAAUUAAAUAAGGUCCUCAUCAGAAACCUGAAUUUUAGAAACACUUUGGUGGCUUUUAUGUCUCUGUACUCCUGCUUGGUCAAGUAACAAAGGAAGAAGUAAAAAAUUUAUUCCAUGUGCUAAUGUUUUAAGGUCUGUGGUGGAGUUGGUUGGUUGGUUGUUAUAAACCUGAAAUCAGGCCUAAAGCAGUGUUAGCUUCUUCUUUGGGAAAGUUCUUCCAUUCUGCUUUGGUGCUUUGUUAUUGGAGUAAAGUGAAAAACUUCAUGGGUUUUGGCUUGUCAAUUCACCUGGGCUCCUCUGAGUUUAAUAAAUAGAGAAUCUAAACUGCACCGUGUUUCAUCUACCAUUGGUGCUGCAAAUCCUAAAGCUUAUCUACCUGUGAGUUGGUGAGAAUUAAUUCUAUGUUGCAAGCUUGUUGUUUGUUUCUCUUUGUUACUUCUUUUGUCGGGUGUAAUAUAUGGGGGAAGGGAAAGCCUGAAGUUCUGCUUCACUCUGUUCUGAAAGCUUUAUUACAUGGUCAGGCACAAGACUAUUUCUCAGCUCUGAUCCUUACUGUCCUUCACCCUUUUCCCCUCUUCAAAAACAUUCUGUUUCUGAAGUGAUUUAUUGAAGUUACUCCGUGAUAGCUAGAGCAAGUCAAGACAAUCAAGUGUGUGGAUUUGAAGUUUGGAUGUAUUCCCCUUGAGGUUUAAUGCUUCUACUUAAAAACAAAUUGUCACAGUACAGCCUAAAGGUAAAGUAAAUCAGAAGACCUGGGCAGAGAUGUUUAAUCACCUACCUCCAUCAUGCCAGCAAUUCAACACUAACCAUCUUGUCAGAUAAUCAUUUCCAGAGCCAUCUUAGCUUGGAUUCCAGAGACACUGGUAUGCUCCCUCUGUGCACUUCAGGAUUGCAGUUGGAUCCCUCUUGGACCGACCUCUCUUGCUGGCAGUGGUUGUGCACCGUCUCUGCUUGUCCCUGCAGCUGUGGAUAAGGACACAGCUGGCUGCCAUGUUGGGGCAGGCAAUGUUUAAGUGAGUUGUAAGGACACAAGAGAAAUAGUCUGAUUAUUCAUGCUUUAGAAACUUUAUGUUUCCACUCUUCUGUGUGAUGAUUUAUUUGGAGUUUUUUUCUCUCAGUGUCUUAAACAGAACUGGAGCUUGGGAACAUGGCACAGCUUUGAGUAUUGUGAGUGCUUCUUUGUUUGUAUAAAAUAUUUAUGUGAAAAGGUGUAUUAUAUGUUUCUAUUAAAAACUGGUUGCUAAAAUGAG